AUCGCCCUGCUUAUAGUUAUUUUAUCAAUGUUUUACCUAGGACUUAUGGGAAUCCUUUUAAAACGACUCCAUUUCCUAUCCAUUCUAUUAUGCCUUGAGCUACUCCUUAUUUCCUUGUUUAUCGGAAUUGCGAUUUGAAAAAAAAAAACAGGGGUCCCUCAAAAAACAACAUUCAACUUAUUCGUUUUGACUCUAGUCGCUUGCGAAGCAAGCAUAGGCCUCUCCCUAAUGGUAGGGCUCUCCCGUACACACUCUUCAAAUUUGGUAGGAAGACUAAGGCUACUCCAGUAUUAA